AUGGAACCGCUUUUUGUGUGGACUGCUUUUUGUAUAGCUGAGGUGAUUGAUAUAGAGAAAAAGGGAUCUCAUCGAAAGGUGUGGUUACCAAAAAAAAUUUCCGCUCUCGAUGACGAAGAUCUUCCUCAAUUCAAAAACGGCUACUACGUUUCGUAUAAAGGAAAGAAAGGAAGUGAAUUUAUAGUCACCAUCGGAGAGUUACAUAAAAAGAAAAGAAGGUGUAGAAGAAGUGCUUCAGGUUCAGAAGAAUCUGAUGAGGAGGAAAAGAAAAGGAGGAAGAGAGAGAAAGUGAGAAGGAAUUUAGAGAAAGAUCUAGAAGACAAAGAUGAGAAGGGGAGAAAGAAAAAAGAUACGGAUGACUCUGAUGAGGAGAAGGAGGCGAAGAAGAGCAAGAAAAGAGAGAAAAGAGAUGUAAUUACCGAUGAUGAGGAUGAUGUGAAUAUAAUUCAAGAGUUAAAGAAUAAUAAGUGGGAAGAAGUCAUCGAAAAACGACGAAAAGCACCAUCAUCAAAGUCUGAAGAAGAAGAUUCUUCUUAAAAAGUAUAACUAAUAUAAAUAUAGAAUAUUUCUGUUAAAAGAAGAGGAAAAGCAGCUUCAUUAUCUUCUUGAAAGUUGAGUAUUUUCACAUCUAAUAUGAAUAUAGAAUAUCCCUUAGAAAACUUAAAUUUCUUAGAAGAAUUUAUAAUAACAUUAACAGAUGCUGUAACUAAUGCACCUAAACCAUUAUACUUAUCAGUAUAUGAUUUUACACUCGAUGCGAUUAUUAUUGAAAAUAAUGAAGAGAUUGGAGAUGGCAUAGCAAGCUUAUUUCAAUUGGAUCUUACUCUACCAUCAGUUUUUCGCAUUACACAAUGCGAUUUACAAUGGAGGUGGAAAGAUACAUAUUUUCGAAAUCGUGUAUGCACAGCUGAAAUUACACCAAUAGAUCAGGAAAAAAUAUAUUUUUUCAAUGACUUUUUGCAUGAGAGCUAUGCAUAUUUCAAAAAAUAUGUUACUCGCGAGUUGAAUAGACGUGGUGCAUUAAAGGUUAGAGUUUCAGCUCAUGCUCGCUUCUUUCAAACUGUAGCUCCAGAUGCAAAGUCAGAUUUUCAUUUAACUACAAUAUUUAAAAUUUUACUUCAUAGUGAUGAUAUAUUUAGGUGGUAUGAAGAAAAUGUUAUCGAAAAAUUACAAGAAAGAUUCGAAAAUUUGGAAAUGCGUGAUUCGGGAUGGACACUUGAAUCUGUAUUAAAUCUAACUAUUUCUAUUAAUCAGUAUACAGGUAUGAGAGGAGGGGAUGCAUGUGAAAGAAUCCCUAAAGCAAUUAGUCGAACAAAAGGUAUGGUGAAUGUUGACACACCUCGAUCAGAUUGCUUUCCUUUAGCAGUUGUUGCUUGCCUUGAAAGACCAAAAUCACAUUCCAAUAGAAUUUCUUCAUAUACUCCAUGGUAGAAUGUUUUGAAAAUGGAAGGGUUA